ACUGAGCUAACCGGCCAUAUCUAAUUCGAAUAGUGACGUAAUAUAACAAUCAAGGAAUAAACGAAACCUACGGAACCGAAAGGUAAAUCUUCCUGGCUGGUAACUCCUUACUGACGAACUUCCGAUCUUUACGGAGUCUUUACAACAUCCUCCAUUAGCCACACGUCUGAACCAGGAUGUCAGUGCAGUUCUCCGGCUGGGAGGUGUUUGACGAUGGCGCUUCUUUUCCUGGUUUGGAGCUGGACUCGUCCCAGAAACCCCAAAGCAGGGGCGUCUACACCAUGUACCACGGGACCAGCAUCACCAGUGCACGAGUCAUCAUUGCCAACGGUUUUAAACAGUCUUCAAAGGGCAUGCUGGGAAUGGGCGUGUAUGUCAGUCGUAAUAUAAAAAAGGCGACAGCUUAUCCUCUGAAAAGUAAUCCUACGGACCGAGUUGUCCUUCAGGUACAUGUGCGCGUUGGCCGUGUCAAGCGCAUUGACAAGGACAACCAUCCCAUGCAGCAAACAUGGCACUCACAUGGCUACGACACUGCUUGGGUGCCCCCCAAAGUUGGCCUCCUAGCAGUGCGCAGUGGCCUGGAGGAGGACUGUGUGUUUGAUCCCAAAAGAGUGAAAGUGGUAGGCAUCGCAAAGGCACCAAAUGAUUCCAUACAGAAAGAACUUCAAGAGCUUCUGAUACAAUCAUCUGGAAGAGGAGGUGAGGGUGCUGCAGAGGUGUGUUCACUGUGUAAGAGAAAGACCCAGCAGGGCGCUCCACACAUCAAGCAGCAGUGCUGGGAGUGUGGGAAAAACAUCUGCAUUCUCAUGUCCAAGCAUUUCUGUCCAGCCAAACCCUGACGGGGUGAGGGAAGUCAGUCUAUGCCAGAGCCGUCAGAGUGUCCUUUAGCCAGGCGCUGUUGACAUUUCAAACUGAUCCCUACCCCUUCCCACUCUGUGAUAUAGUCAACAUAUUGUGAGCCAUAAUAGGGGCAUGAAUAUGCUUUUUUAGGACCUUCCCUUUCCUGUAGUGUGUUAUAUUGGUUUAUGUGCAUGUAAAUGUUCUGCAAAGGCUAAUAUCUCUGUGUUCCCUGCCUGAAAUGCCUCCAUUGGACUCCUUUGUUUACUUCUGUAACAUCCAAUACAUGUUCCAAUAUUGUACGUGACGGGUUAAGGGGCGGGACAUCUCUAAGAUCACAGCAGAGCCGGCCAGCUAACAAAUCAGAGCAGACUGGGCUCUGGUUUCAGACAGAGGGUGAACAGAGGUAAUGCAGCACAGGCAGUAUGAGAAAAAUAAAGAGCUUUUUGAACAUUAAAGCAUGGAGACAUGUCACAGUAGAGACACUACAUAGAAAUAUGAACCUGAAAAUGAGUAUUAUAGAGCGCCUUUAAAUCUUCAUUCGCUGUAAAGGUUGGCCAUAUGACGUAAUGAUUGAUUGAUAAACAUGUUUGCUAAACUCCAAUUUGACUUUUAAAUUAUCCCAGUUGUCCUCAGUGUUAUCCUGCCACCUGCCUGUGCUCUUUAAUGUGUCUUCUAGCGUUUUCUGUUAGUUAUUUCUUGUGUAUGUUUGCUUGUUUCCUGUUUCCUUGCCCCCUUAAGGACCAACACAAUUAUCCUGAUAGACGCAGCGGGUAACGUGACCUUCACAGAGCGCACCAUGCCCACCUGUGACACGAACAAAUGGAGCACCAAUUCUUUCCAGUUCAAACUGGAGGUGUGAAGACGUGAUGGAGGAAACCCACUCUGUGCCUUUCUGCACCCCCCCCCCCCCCCCCCCCCACUUCAUUACAGCAGCUGUGUGAACAUGAAGUCUCUUCAGCACUUUUUCUUCAGCUAGUCGAUACUAGCUUCCUCAUUAAAAUCUGUGAUAUGUAUUUCUUAUUCUAGAUUUAAGUUAAGAUGCAUCUUUUGAAAAUGUGUGCUAAUUUAAAAAUUUGCCAAAGAACAUUUUGUGGAGAAAAAUGUAUUUAACGUGCAUUUUACAAAACAGCAGGGUUGAGUUGCUAAUUCGUUACAGAUCGCUGGUGAUCUGCUUUCAAAUGCAAUCAAUACCGAUAAUUGUAGUGUUUGGACACUCAUGAGUACAAAUGUUCAUAAUGACAAGCCUAACUUCAUAUCAAUAUGGAAGAUCAUUUGUAAAUCCAUCUCCAUUGUUCCUGUCUUUUAAUGGAAAGAAAUGAUCUGAAUCACUGGGCUAAAGCUGCUGCACAUUGUCAACUGUUAUUGAGCAGUGACCCCUACUGGAGAUUUAAGAUAUUGCACUUCUCAUGUAAUCAUCCCAUAAGUACUGUUGUAGGUAAAAGACGUUUAA